UGAAACUCCCAGUGCAAUCAGGACAAAAAUAAAAUUGUAUAAUUGUUAUUAAUAUUCGUUUGCAGAAUCCAUUGUGGAAAUUUACAGUGGUCAUAUAAUGACGACGACGCCGAGGGUGACUGGGUUUACUGCACCGGCAUCGGAAGACCUGACCAUCGUGGACAACGGGCUGUUCAAAGCCAUAUGUUUACAUCAAAUACUCGACCCCGCCAAAGGCGGUAACCGAUAUUACAGAUUGGCGUUCAUGGUGGUUAUGUGGGUGUCGCUAAGCGUGCAGAUCAUACAGUCGGUCGGCCUUUACUUCGCUGUCAACGACCUACAGCGGUUCGCGUUCACUACCACGAUGAUAUUCAACGCCUUGCUUUGCCUGUCCAAGGGAUACGUAUUGGUGACGAACGCGGACAGGGUGCGCGCCAGCCUGGAAGUGGCCCGGUACGGGUUCACGUCUAGCGGCGCUCGGGACCAACGCUUGAUGCGCCGGUCCCGGGCCGUGCUGUCCACGGUUCUGCGCACGUUCGCCGUGCUCAGCUGGGUCACGUGUUUCAUCUGGGCGUUGACGCCGCUGUUCGCGAUGGACGAAUACCUACAGCUGACGAAUGCCAACGGCACCGUCUCCCGUUACCGGGUUACCAUCUACAACGUGUGGUUACCGGUGCCGGCAACCGUGUACAACGAGACGAUCGUCUGGUCGCUCGUCUACGCGGUCGAGGUGGUCGUGUGCUUCGUAAACGUGUUCAGUUGGUUGCUGUUCGACAGCUACGUGGUGACAAUGUGUUUCACGUUCAACGCUCAGUUCCGCACUGUGGCGGCCAGUUCUACGAUCAUCGGCCACCGCGGUGUCUCGCCCCGAUCACCGUCACCGCACGCCACGGACGGUACAAGUGAUGAUAAUAAUACAUUGAAUUGUUAUGAUGAACUGAUGAACCACAUAAAAGAUAAUCAAAGUAUAAUAAAGAUGUAUGAUGAUUUUUUUGAAAUUAUUCAACCCACUAUCUUAUUCCAAAUAAUUGGUGGAUCGUAUUCUGUAAUAACAUUAAUAUUUCUCACUUCCCUGACGUAUCUUAUGGGUUGGUCAAUUAUAUCCAUACCAGUUUUAAAAGUAUUUUUUGGUUUUUUAUCAGUUACUUUUGAACUCUUUAUGUAUUGUUAUGUAUUCAACCACAUAGAAACUGAGAAAUGUAAUAUGAAUUUUGGAUUGUAUAGUAGUAACUGGACUGCAAUGGAUUUAAAAUUUAAAAAGACAUUGUUGUUUGGUAUGAACACGAACUCAUCUCAUAGGCGAGUGAUGAAAGUGACCCCAAGGUCUAUCAUAAAUCUAGAAAUGUUCACCAAUGUGAUGAACAUGUCAUACUCAAUAGUGUCUAUACUAUUAAAUUCAAGAGUCCAGAAAUGAAAUGAAAUAAUUUAUAAAUUCAACUAAUGAUAUCGAGUAAAAUAUUAGAUAAUGUUAGUUAAAUCACAUUGUAUGUUUAAAAUAAAAACAUCUAAUUAUUUAUUUAUUUAGUAAUAAAAUUGUGAACCUGACGUGUUGUAGAUAUUAUAUUAAGUGUGUUGGAGCCAAAAAAACAGGAAAAACUCUCACGCUCCGUAGAAUAAGGAGUCUGAUUUCGUUUAUUUUUUUUUAUUUAAAAUAAGAGAACACUUUGCAAAUAGGAUUAAAGCUCGAUUUUCAAAAUUAUAUUUAUAGAAGUUAAAAUAUGUAUUUAAAUCAUUUACAAUACCUAUAAGUUAAUUUUCAAACGUAUUUU